AGGUUGUUCGUGGCAAAGGCAACAGUCUCAACAAUAGAUUUCUGCCAUUCAAAGAAAUAGAGACUGAGGCUGUCUUGUCUAUCGAUGACGAUGUGCAUCUCCGACCAGAUGAGAUACAAUUUGCCUUCAGAGUAUGGCGUGAAGCUAGGGACAGGAUCGUGGGGUUCCCAGGUGUUUUCCAUGCCUACGACCUCAAACACGAGACCUGGUUGUACAACUCUAACUAUACGUGUGAGCUGUCAAUGGUUCUGACAGGAGCUGCCUUCUUCCACAAGAUCUAUUCCUACCUGUACUCUAGCUGGAUGCCUCAGGAGGUGAGGGACAUGGUGGACCAGUACAUGAACUGCGAAGACAUUGCCAUGAACUUUCUCGUCUCACACGUCACCAGGAAACCUCCCC